CCACCGUCAGGGCGAUCAGACCAGACAUCCUGCGCUGUCGGCAGCCCGGCCAUUCAAAGGGAAGCUACAAGUGGAGAGAGGAGGACAGACGAGCGGACUCACACUGAACGGAGGGACAACAGCCACAGAGAGACAGACAGGAGCAUUCCGACAGAGCAAAGAGUCACAGGAAGACAAAUACACAGUCUGCUGUCCUGAAAAAGCUUCAAACACAGUCUUGCAGGUUCGCUGGAGAACCGGUGACGCCCUUCCUGCGGUACCUUCCUCAUCUCUACGUUGGACCAGGAGUGUGUGUGUGUGUGUGUGUGUGUGUGUGUGUGUGUGUGUGUGCGCGCGGAGGAGCUUCGUCUGGACAGCAGGACGCAGGUGUCACGUUGUCCAUUACAGUGAACAACCUCAAACAAAGGCGCUGAGAGGCCUGAAGGAGCAGGGAACUCCCAGAGAAGUGGAGUAAGGAGCCUGUCGCCCCGGGCGGAGGAGAAUCUUGACCCGAUCACGAUGAGCUAGACGAGUUUCAGCUUCACGCAGCGGAGCGAUCGGUCCCGAGCACCGGACUGACUGUUUGAGUCAGCCGACCCGAUAUGAUAGAGUGAAUCCAGGCGGAAGGAGAGUGUUUGAGAGAGGUGACAGAUGGAGGACAAGACGAUAAAGAAGAUGACUGGACAGCUGGACGGCUCACCCUGACGCUGGCCCGAGAGAGAGAGGACGUCCAGGUCCAUGCUGCCUGUCCGGAGACGACAGAGACAUUAGGCAGGAGUCGAGAUGUUCAUAAAUAUCCGUCGCAUCCAUAAGUACCAGUGCGCCCAGCUGCUGACCACGGGCCUCCUGCUGAGCGUGGUGAUGGUGUGCUGGGAGCCGCUGGACCACCACGUGGUCAGCCACUUGGUCUCCUACUCCUACCGCUACCUGGUCAACAGCUACGAUUUCCUCGGCUCCGGCGGCCGCCGCCCCGGCCCGACAGGCGGCGAGGCGGCCGGCUACCCGUACCUCAUCAACCACCCCUGGAAGUGCGUGUCCGAAGACGGGAAGGGCUGGGAGGACGUCCUCCUGCUCCUCUUCGUGAAGUCGUCCCCGGAGAACUUCGAGCGGCGCCAGGCCAUCCGGGACACGUGGGGGGACGAGGGCUUCGUCUCCGCCCAGCUGGGCGUCAACGUGAGGCUGGCCUUCGCCGUGGGCGUCCACCCGGACGCCCGCCGCAGGUCGAGGGUGCAGAGAGCGCUGCUGCGGGAGGACCAGGUCCACAAAGACCUGAUCCAGCAGAACUUCGUGGACACCUUCCACAACCUGACCACCAAGCUGCUGCUGCAGUUCCACUGGAGCCAGAUGUACUGCCCCCGCGCCCGCUUCCUCAUGUCCGCCGACGACGACGUCUUCGUGCACACGCCCAACCUGGUGCAGUACCUGCUGCGGCUCUCCAGCACCCAGGCCGGGGCCAGGAACCUGUGGGUGGGGCACGUGCACAAGGGCGCCCCCCCGGUUCGCCGUAGGACCAACAAAUACCACGUCCCGUAUGACCUGUACCCCUGGCCGUCGUACCCGGACUACACCGCCGGCGCCGGGUACGUGGUGUCGGCGGACGUGGCGGCGAAGAUCUACCGGGCCACGCUGCUGCUGGACCCCUCCAUGUACAUCGACGACGUCUUCAUGGGCAUGUGCGCCCAGGCCAUGGGGGUCUCGCCCCGGGAGCACGCCUACUUCUCGGGCCAGGGCAAGGCCCCCUACCACCCCUGCAUCUACGAUCACAUGAUCACCUCGCACGGCCACGCGGACGACGUGCGCUCGCUCUGGCGGAAAGUGACGGACCGCUCGGCGCACGGCAGCCCCAGGGGGCUUCUGGGUAAUCUGUACUGCUUAGCCGUGAGGGCGAUGCUGCUGUGUCUGCCAAAUCACCAGAAGACGUACUCCUGUCGAGCCGCCUUCACAUGAAGACUCUGUCCACUGCGUCAUUCAUUCAUUCAUUCAUUCAUUCAUUCAUUCGGCCAUCUGCUGGACCUGCAGGCAUUUCAUUCUGAAGGACUGAGCUGACCCGACGUGAACGGUAGCUGAGACAGUCCUCCAGUCAGAGGGUGGGCUACGAAGAAACUGCCCCACCCAGCCGCCCAGUGUGAGCGCGUUGCUGUGAGAGGUAAACAAACACACUGGGCUGCUGCUCAGCGGGCGCCGGCGUCGGCUUUCACGCCGCUCACCCCGCCCUGUCAGGUUGAGAGUUUUUUGUUUUGUUUUGUUUUUUUCUUGGUGCCUACAGGGCCUCAGCUUCUUGCUCUUGUUCAGCUGUCGCCCAGGAUGUCCUUUACAGACCAUUUUUCAUGUUAGUUUAAUCUACCAAAGCAUUUCAAAGCUCUGGAACACUUCAUGCUGUUUGGAAGAAGUUUUAACCUUCUGCGAUUUGACUUGAAAAUACAUGUGUCAAUGCAAGAGGAAACACCGGUCAGCUCUCUUAUUCUCACAACACUCCGUACUUUAUCUGGACGGACACUGCAGAGGACUCAAACACCAAGAAGCAGUUCUGGAUACUUUCAUAAGCAGGCUGAAUGUGCCUGAAACUGUCACAUGGUGAAACCGCUGACAGAGAAGCACUGGGUCUUCUUUUGUUAGUGGUCUGCUGUGAAUGGAUUCCUGCAUACAGGAAGAACCUUUCUUUUCAGAAAUCUAAGUCAAAUUGUUCCCGAGGCUGAAAGGAUGUUGUAGCCUGAAUGUUCUGCAGUUUAGUUUCUUGCAGCAGCACUGUGGCUGGAUUUGCUCCAGCUGAAAACGACGACUCCUAAAGGGGCGUUCGCACUCGAUCCGGUUUAAACGAAUGCUGCUACCUGCAGCCAGCUCGAGGGAGGGUGAACGCUGCCGCCUGUGCCAAACAACCGCGCUGAAUCCAACCGAAAAGUAGGCCUUGGUACACAGAUUCUGGCUAUUGCUUCAUGACUGAGUGCAGCACAAAAAACCUCCCCCAAAAAACAGAAAGACACUGUUUACAAGACAAUGUUUCACAUGAAAACGUUUCACUUUUUACAAUUUAGCUUCAGAAAAGCUUCGUGUUUACAAGACGACGAUGUCAGAAAUAUUAAGAAUGACGUAGUCAGCAUGCUACGGCCACGAGAUGGCGCUGUUGGUUGUCUGUAAUGAAACAACACACACAGGCUGACAGAGAACAACUAAUAAUAACAACACGUGUGGAUGGAUGGAAGGCAGCCUGAGAAAAACUAGCCUGCUGGGUAAAAACUGAAGCUUCAAAGGUCUUGAAAACACAGAGGAAUCACGCCACUCCCGCUCCACUGCACCCAUUCCCACGCUCCGCCCGGCCGCCCGCCGAACGGCAGGAGUCUGCCGCCACGCCUGCAGCCGCCGAGCCUGGCAGCGCACCGAAUCGACCUGAGCGGCGGGACGGCGUCUCUGCUCACCUGCGUCUGUUGGAGAGACUCUCCUCCGUCUCGUUGGUCACAACGAUGUGGGUGGAGCCUCCCUGGCUCUCCUCGUGCAUCACCUCGAUCUGCAACACACAAACACACACUCGUCCAGCGCACAACUUUUAAUCAUUACAUAGAGUAAACACCAGGAGGGCAAACACCGGCCGAUGAAGCUCAUGUCGGUGUGACUGAACCGGGGCACGAGUGCUGACAAAUAUUAGUUUAAACUCUUCAGCCUGGACUGAAAUAUGCUCUUUUCAUUGUGCUCAUCAUGUAGAGGGAAGCUGAGGCCAGCCGUCUGACUGUGAUGUGUGGUUUGCGGAACACCGAGCUGCAGAAAAGACUACUGGUCGUGACCUUUCAGGUCAGCUUCGGAGGUCAUCAGUGUGGGGUCACCAGUGAAACCUGUUGACAGGGUUACUUCAGUAUUCAGCCUCUCACUGCGGGCCGAAGCCAUGCAAACCCAAACUCCACCGACAAAUCUUUAAAUACAUAACAAAAUAAAUAAUCAAAAACUAGGCACAACUAUAAAACAUCAUAAAAAAGCUGCAUAUAUUUUACAUAAUAAGGCCUUUCUGGUCACCUGUGUUUGUAUCAGAUCAACAAAUCAUUAGUAAGAACAAUACAAUAAAGUACAAAGAGGGAAUGAAUACACACUUCAGUGGUGUAUUGUACAAGAUACUGCACGUCUGUUUUUUUGACUUCACUGUUUGUCUUUGUCUCUGGGUGAUUCUGAUGAUCAGAAUAUUCUUAAUCUGGUGGUACAGGUCUACAUAUGUCUCCACACCGAGAGAUGGGAUUCUACUGUGUGUCUCAUAUGUGCAGUAGAAUUGACAAUAAAGCUACCCUUGACUUUGACUUUAUUUUGACUUUGAUAUUAUUACAUUUUUUAAAGAAGCUUUUUUUGUACGUUAAUGAUCUGCUCAUAAUUUCAUCUGAAUUUAUCUAAAAAAUGUAUUCUCAUUAUGGCUUUGUAGUUAAUAAAAGUCCUAAAUCCAGAUACUAGAAAUGUUUUUACAAAAACUGAUGCUAUUAUACGAAUAAAACUUGAUG